GAAGAAGAAAUUAGAAACCAGAGACCCAGGAGCCUUGCAAGGACUGCUGCUGCUGCUGCACGCCAGGCCCCCAGGGACGCUGUUUUGCUCCGCUGUUAUAUUUCAUGGGACUUGAGCUUCCAUGGAUUUUGUGAUCCGCGGAGGGGACCCUGGAACCAAACCCCAGCGGAUAACAAGGUCCCACUUAUAGACCUUGUCUUCACAGCCUGGAGGACAGCUGUGAUGCCUUGGCGGAAACAGAUGGAGGAGGAUGUGGCUGCGAGAGUCUUAAGAUUCAGCUAAGAUAUGGAUGCCAGAAUGGAUGCCGCAGAAGCUGCCUGUCUUGAGCCGAAAUUGGGAGCCAAGUCCCCCUCCAUUGAGGAUUCUAACCGGGGGUCGCAGGAGGAGAACGGGGCAGCGGACCAUCUCUCAGAGCGGAGUGAUGCUUCCUUUGCCACGGCAGAACCAAACCGGCCACAAGCCCCUGCUGGCAAACUGAAGAAAACGGCCUUUAAGCUUUUUGGUGGGAAGCGAAGCAUCUGUACCUUGCCGAGUUUCUUCGGAGGGAAGAAUAAAGGCCAAGGAAAGGCAGCCUCCAAAAAGGGUCUGAGUAAAAGUAAGACACACGAUGGCAUCAGUGACGUCAGAUAUGAAGACUCGGAGCAUCUCCGAGGGUCCUUGGACGGUGGGACUGGUUUCCCAUCCCCACAGCUGCCCACAUCUCAAAGCACUCUCUUGGGCGCAGAGGCCAACCGGAGAGUUGGUUUCAUCCACCCGUCGACCUCUCUGUCUGGAAGUUCUGAGGGCUUUGAGAAAAAAACUGGUGGAGACAAGUCCUUGUUCCUCCCCAGGUCUAAGAAAGGUUUGAGGGGGUUCUUCAACAGCAUCAGGCGCCACCGGAAGAACAAAACCGCUGAGCCUGAGAAGACGGAGCUGCAAGAAUGGACAACUAGGGAUGUUGUGGAAGAAAGCCAGGCCAAAGCAGAGGACCACAGGGGUGUUGGGACCCAACAAAGCACAGAUAAGGGGGACCCAAAAUGUUCUCCUCUCCCUUCAGAACGGAAGGAGAACCUCUGUGGUGAUGCUUCUCCUGGAAGUCUCGGUGAGUUGAGGGAGAAGGAUCAACCAGCCACUGGUGAACGUGUCUCCAUGGGAGACACAACUAGAGUUGCUGCGAGCUGUCAAGGUUCUCAGGAUGCAGAAUUGGACACAGACAAUGUCUUCUGUACAAGUGCUACUUUUUGUGACCUUCCUGAUGCUCUGCAGGCAGAAUAUCUAGACAACAGUCCCCCAUGUGUACCCUCUGGAGACCAGCUCAGCUUCAUGUUUGGAGAUGUUACCUCCCUUAAAAGCUUUGAUUCUCUCACCGGCUGUGGAGAUAUCAUUGCCGAACCAGAUAUCGACAGCAUCGCAGGGAGCUCUGCGUCUGCCGAGCGGAGCAGGGAUGCUGCCAAACGGAGCUCCUGUCUGGUUACUUACCAGGGUGGAGGGGAGGAGAUGGCAAUGCCUGAUGAGAUAGAGGAGUAUCUCCAGCAAGUGUGGGAAGGGGCCGCCAAAGCAGGAGAGACCUAUGAAACAGACCUGCCGGAACUCAUGGAUGAAUGUGAGCAUCAAGGAGCAAAUGGUGCCAAGCAGGAAACCCGCCUCUGUGUGGAAGGCGUGGAUCUCUUAACUCCGCAUAGCGACCAACAAGAAUCUGCUCCCAAUAGUGACGAGGGUUACUAUGAUUCUACUACCCCAGGUCCUGAGGAAGAAAGUGGUGAAGGGCUUGAGGAAGUCAAGAAAGACCGUCUUCCAAGAGACAGCUACAGCGGUGAUGCCUUAUAUGAGUUCUACGAAACCGAUGAUGCCCUCUUGAGUCCUUCUCAUGGAGAUGAGUCAUGGUUUGAUCGAAAAGUAUCCCCUCCAGACAUUGUUGGCCACUUCUUUGACUUUGGUCUCCCUGACGAGAAAGACUUAGUCCGGAUGAUGGGCCGGAAGGGAGAAGUGAUGGAAACGGAGGAAGAGAGGAUGGCUGCCAUCCAGAAGCAGCUGCUGUACUGGGAGUUGCAGAGAGAGCCAACGUUGAAACACCUUGAGAUGAUUCGCAAGGACCAGCAUUCCAGGGAAAAGUUGCACGCUGAACAUAAAAUGGAAGUGGGCGGCCUUUUGGGGAAAAGUCAAAGCUGUCUGGGUUGCGAGGAAAUCUCUCAGGCUGAAAUAGCAACGGAGAGUCGAGAUUGCAAAGACCUCCAAGAGAUGUUGUACCUGGAAAAACGGUACAGUCCUGAUUGCUUUAUGCAGUUUGUAGGGAAUGGCUCUGCCUUGGACGCUGAAGCAGAGUGCACAAUGCUCGAGUCACAUGCAUUAAGUGGCUUGGCCCUGGAGAAACCAGUGGCUUAUCCUUUCUAUCAGGAGCACAGCUGCCGUGGCUCCCCACCAAAUGAACAACCCAGCCGAGCGGAGGCUGACUCGAGAGAGACCCUCAAACCGGAAAGCCCCUGCAAACUGGAGCAGGCAGCUGUCAACUUCUCCCAAGCCUUGGUGGAGUUCACCAGCAGUGGCACCCUUUUCUCCAGUCUCUCCGAAAGUAUAGGGAGCUCUGAUUCGGGAUCGGCCUUCACCCAGAACUUUCCCUCUCUCCCCACCAUGGUGACGUUUGAUAUCGUUGAUGUAGAGCAAGAUGGAGAAGGUGAGUGUGAGCAACAUCUGGAGAUGAACAUGAACGAGGAACUUGCCACCUCCUUCGAGGCCUUCGAUGAUAGCUACGUGCCGAAAGAAUCCUUCACUGAAUGUGACGAGAGAAUGUUUACUGGGUACCCCCAGGGCUCUUUCCAAGGCGGCAACUGGGGCAUCGCCAGCCUUCCCCGCCGCCUCCGGCUCCAGGAGUUGUGCCCUCCGCUGCCAGAGCCGCUCUCACUCUGCCGUAGGAGUCGAUCCCUUGACACAGAGAGUUUGGAGUUUGAGCUGGCGAGCUUGCAGCUGUCCAAGAAUGGCUUUAAGCCCUGUGAGCUCUGGUCUCAGUGGAGCGGAUGCAAAAAGGACCCUCUUUCUCCAGGGCUGUGCGCCGGUCAAGCGAGUGCUCCAUGCUCUCCAGAGGGAAAGGGAGAAGAGACUGGUGCCUUUUCUUGGACAGGACUACAGAAUGUACCCACCGGGGAGGAGUUUUCCUCACGAGAUGCAAAACUGUGGGACCGAGAUUUCAACCAUCAGUCCUUCCGGAGCGUAUGGGGUGGGUUGGAAGGGUCUGACCUUGCGCAGAACUCUGUCAAGGUGUCUGGAAAGCCUUACACUGACGGAGACCCUGAUAGAGGGUUUCUGGCACCAAGACCCAUGGCCAGGCCCUCCAACCUGCCUCUGCAAACUCCGGGUGCCCCCCAAACAGGAUGUCCCUCUCACAGGCUGGGUGUUGGGGACAGUGCAGCCAAAAAGCUAGCUUGGGUUCUCCCUUUGGGAGAGAGACCUGCUGGUGGGCCACCGAGCUUUGAUUUUGCUCCUUCUCCAGAGAAACCAGCUGCAUACAGACCUGUGGGUGUUGAUGCAAAGAAUGUCUUGGCUUCGCAGCAAGCGGAGAUGCUGAGACCAUUGUAAGGGCAAGGCUUUGUGGGAGCUCUGAAAUUGGAUCUGUUGAAGGGGGAGAUUGGGCUGGGUGGGAAUAUUCCCUUGAUGGCCUCUGGAAUGUCAUUGUGAAUGUAACAAAAGCCAAAUAACUUGGCGGGGUUUAUAGGCUUGGCUUCCUAGGGUCCUUGGGGAGACUCAAGGCUUGGCAACCUGCAAGCGGUUAUUUUAAUUCAGAGCCAGGGAGGGACAGAUUCGAUCCUUGCUGCGGUGGUGAGAGUAGGGCCAAGUGUGCCUACUAGGACGCUAAGUCUCAGCGAUGCUGUGGUGCUUCUUUUCAAGAGUAAUUUCUGAAUCACCUCUUCCGUUGUGUCGAACCACUGUUUUAAUCUUGAAUGUAAUAAACUGGGCUUCGGGGAAGUGGGGGGAUUUUUUUGGACUACAACUCACACCAAUCUGUUUGAGGAUUAUGGAUGUUGCAGUCCAAAACAUUUCCCCAUGCUGCACACUUAUGCUGGGAAAGGUGCUUGAGGUGGGUUGGUCAAAGGAUGCAUCUGCACUGUGAAAAUAAUGCAGUUUGGCAUUACUUUAACUGUUGUGGCUCCAUCCUACAGCAUCCUGGGAUUGGUAGUUUGUUGAGGCACCAGCACUCUUUGGCAGAAAAGGCUAAACAGCUUGUAAAACUACAAAUCCCAGGAUUCCAUAGGAUGAAAGUGGUGUCGAACUUAUCUCUACAUUGUAGAUGCAGCUUUAGAUUUCUUAAGUUUCCAGCUUGGCUGUCUAGCGAAAAAGGAGCCAAAUAGGGAUGGUUUACCCUUGAGAUGGCCUGUGUAAAAAUAUUUGGGAGGAAGGGGGUAAAAGAAAGGAUGGAUGUGGUAACGUUCAAGAACUGCCACAACUUCCCCUGGGAUAAAAGUGAGGAAGUGUUAGUUUUUUGGGGGGCAGGAAUAGCACAGUCCUGUCCUUGUUUGCUUGGAUGUAAAAUCCCCGUGGCAUUUAUUCUCAAAUACAUGUAUGUGCCCAUAAGGUGCCAGCCUCCGCAGAAUUACAUGGAAGUAAGUGCCACUCUGUUUGAUAGGGCUUGUUCCUGAAUAGUGACAGAAUGAAUAUUUGGAAACCUUGACGAGAAAAAUCCUGGACUCUUUUGCAUUUCAGGACUUAUUCUGUGAGGAAUUUGCACAUGGUUGCUUUGUGCGAAAGCCUGCUUUCUGUGCAGAAAACUGUGUUUUCUGUCUAGAAAAAUCAUAGACCUAUGCAGAAAUGUUGUUUCUGGCACAGAAAAAACCAGGUUUCUGUGCAAAACAGCCACGUGCAAAUUUUGCAGAGAAACAGUCUGGAAUUGCAAGCAGCCUUCGGAAAACUGUGUGUUUCUUGGAAGAUUUUUCCGCAGCGGGACGAAGGUUGCUGAAAUUACUGGUUGCUUCCUUGGAGGAGAAACUUAGUGAAGAAUUACAUCCCUAUGCUUGAAUAUGUGAAUAUGAGGAUUGUAGUCCUCAUUUGCACAAGGGAAGUUUUUGGUGGGUGGCAUUUGAAUCCUGAAAAGGUUCAUGGAGAGGGAAAAGGAAAGGUGUUUAAAAUGGUAAAAAGCAGGGAUUGAAUGCUGGUUAAAGUGGAAAGAAGAGGAUAUGUAGAAAGAAACUUAAAACUGCAUUCAUAGAAGUGGGUUUAACCUGGGAGUCAGACUUAUUGUAUGUGGGUUCCAUCCAAGUAGGUCUGAGUAGGAUCGCUUCAUAAAGCUAUGAUGGUUUGGAUGGGUAUUAAGAGAGGAGGGAUGUCAAAAUGAGUAUCGAAUUGCAAUUUUCAUGGGGAUUAUGGGUGUGUCUCCUUCAACCUGUCCCCUUUUAAAUACCAAAUGCCAUGUCUGUUCUGUCCUAUGUCUCCUCCAAGGAAGUGCUCUGCCUGUGUGCCCCUGAGCAUAGAUACCAAAAACUGGUUAUGCUGCAAAAUGGGUGUGAGUUGGAGUUUAAGAAAAACCAGUCUCCAGACUGGGGUUUAACUGCUUUGUGUAUUCCACCCUUUCCCAAAAUGUUGCUUUCUAUGUGGGCUGGACUACAAUUCCCAUCACUCUUAUGUGUGAAAGAGUACUAUCUGGACAGACAUAGUUGGAGAGGCACUUCUUCAGGUGAGAGCCAGCAUAAUGUCCUGGUUUGAGUGUCGGACGAUGGCCCCGGAGACCAGGAUUCGAAUUCCCACUCAGCCAUGGAAACUCACUGGGUGACCUUGGGCUAACCACACUCUCUCAGCCUCAAACUAAUCUGGUUAUGAAGACCUUGUGAUUCCAUUGCCGUAAGUUGGAAAAGACUUUGAAGGCAUACAACAACAGCUCCUUCGGGUAUCAAGGUCCCAAGUCCCUUAGGGCUUUAAAUGUCAUUACUUUGGAUUCACACCCGAAGGAGCUAGUGCAAUUCCUUUAAAACUGGUCGUCUAUGAUUUUGUAGGAUGAUAUGAUUUUGUAUGACGCCCCAGACAGCAGUCUUAGCGGCUGCAUUUUCACUUCCUUGCGGUUUCUGAACUACCAUCAAGGGCACCUUCCUUAUCCUCAUUGCCAGCACCUUGACUAUUAUGACCAGCAUCUUGAAUUCACAUUGGAAGUGUUAUCCCCAAAGACUGAUGGUAUUCCCCACUGCUGAAAUAUGAGCACAUGAACCUAUUGCUGACCCGUUUGCUCAGUACUUCCCAUAACUAGUUGUGGCUUUCCAGGGAUUCAAAUGGAGAUCUUCCAGCUCCAUUAUGUGAGUCUCUCUCUUUUUUAGGGACAUGUCCUGAGCUUGAAACCCUCAUGGCAGAGUAUGCUUUCGGAAGCAAGGUUAGGGAAACUUUGGCCUUCCAGAACCUUUGGACUACAACUCCCAUCAUUUUUCAUAUUGGUGAUCUUGGCUGUGACAGAUGGGAGUUGUAGGCCAAGGUAUCAGGGUUGGAGGAAGAUCCCAUGCCCCUGCUCUGGAGAUUUUGUGCAUUGCUGGGUUGCUUUUUUAGGGUGAACCCAUGUUAGGUGUAAAGUUUGCACCUCUGGUUUGGACUGCUCCGCUCAGCCCAUGUGCCUGUGAUGUGAAUGCUCUUUGUGUAAAAAGGGACAUGCCCCUGCUAUCACUAGGAGAGCAGGUUUGAAACCCUUUGUGAGAGUCAUCUCUUUGUCCUGCCUCUGCCAUCCAAUGUGAAGACCUCUUCGUGUCACAUUGCUAUGGCACCUAUUAUGGGGACGGUCUAGAUGCCCUCACUGUUCAUUUGCAAAGGCUUUAUCCAUCUAAGCCUGGAUACCACUGCCAUUGAAUAACUACUGCCGCUACGGACACCAUGUGUCUGAACUCAAGCAUUCCAAUAAAUCCUUACAGACCAUUCCCAGCGACGCAAGUAUGUAAGACAAACAUAAUUUAUUGAAGGGAAGUUCAAUGUAAAAGCGGAAGAUGACUUACUAAACACAUGUUCUCUAUGUGUUGGGAAAUCCUGGCAAGAGAAAACAAUAAUCCUGGACUAAUGAGAAGCUUUGCAGUUUGGGUUUUAUUCUGUGCAAAAUUCAUUUGUACAGGAAAUGGCUUUUUCUGCACAGAACGCUUUUUGCAUAUAGAUGUUACAUGGUUUUGUAUGAUGCAUAGAAAUGCAAUUUCCUGCACAGAAACAAAAAGGACUGGCUUUCCGCACAAAAAGAACCGCCUGCAAAUGUUGCGCAGAAUAAAUCCACAAUUGCGAACAGGUCUCAAAACCUGUUUUUGGAGACUUUCUCCCAGUGGGAAGAGAGUAUCUAAAAUGACUUGCUGCUUCCUUGAAUUGCUGGAGAAUGACAUCCUUGGCCGCUAUGCAUGGCCAGUUAGGUUGCAUUGACUCACUUCCCCACUUGUUUUGCAUUGCACUUGUCCACAAAUUAGAAGUUUUUAAUGCUCACACUGCCAUGACUUUGUGCUUUUGGAUGUGUUUUGGGGAUGGGGGUGGCUUGGUGGGGAUGGGAUUGUGUAGCGGGUUUUUUCCUCCCUUUGUUUUUACUUUCGAACAUAUCGCCAAAGACAUCUUGUGAAGUUUGUUGUCAAAAUGAUGUAGCUCUUGCUGAUUUUUUGGGGGGGUGAGGGAUAAUGUGUAUGUAUGUAAAAAGAACAGAACAGAAAAGAGAAAUAACCUAGUAAGAAUGUUCAUCUGCAAAUGUGCGUUCCAGUAGCAUUUUGGUUGUACACAUUUAAUGGAAAUAUUGUUGUUAUUAUCAUUGCCGUUCUUUUGUAAAAAGAAAACCGUUUUAUAAUACAUCGAUGCAUACGA